UGAGGGUGAGCUGGCAACCCCUUCAAGGCACGGAUAACAAAAUACACACAGCUUCGUCUGCCGAGCUGGGGAGGAGGAACGUUGUGGCAGUUGUGGCACACCGUUGGCACCAAGGAGACUCUUAGUUGGCACUGCACCCUGACUCACCACCAGGGACUCGAUCAGUGACUCACACGGGCCAGUCAGUGCUUGGGAGGGGGAAUCUUAAGCCCGCCCGUGAUUCAGUUUGGCUCGUCUCCUCCUGGCCAUUCCUCGUUCCUGGCCCUCCGUGGAUUAACUUGGCCAGGUUUUGUGUUUACCAGGGCCAGUCAGUGCUUAAGAGUGUAAAUAUUUGGCCCGUGAUACAGUCUGGACAUCCUACUCUUGAAACUCCUGGACAUUCCUCGUUCAUGGCCCUCCGUGGACUAGCUUGGCCAGGUCUUCGUGCAUGCCAGGUCCAGUCAGUGCUUAAGAGUGUAUAUCUUGGCCUGAAGUGAGUCGUGUUGGCCUGUAAUUCACCUUGGCCACUCCUACUUCUGGCCAUUCCUCUUCCCUGGCCCCCUGUUACACUGCCCAGGACCUACCUUAGUCAGAGCCCAUCCUUGUGAUCCCUGGCCACCAUUGACACUCUGGCCCAUGAUGCAGUGACCCCUGGCCAGUCCUCCCUCCUGACCCUAUGGCUAACCUCACUGGCCAUGGUUGGAAGCUCCGAGCAGUGUUUCACAUUACCCCUCCUAUGCAUGGCCAUCAUAGCCAUAACAAGAACCAACUCUAGUGUGAUUUUGCAUUAGUUUGGGGUCUGCGUUGGCCAUAUGUAAAAGUCUCUUGGCCAUGGUGAUUGGCGCUGGCCAGAGACAGUUGUGAUAAGUGUUUAUUGACCUCGAGCUGUGAUGUACCCCGGCCAUGGUGAUGUGUUCUGACCAUAGGUGUUAGUGACAAGUGGGCGUGUGUUCGCGUGUGUGUAUAGUGCAUUUGUGGCCUAUGAUGUAAGUGUGCUGUGCUGUGGGGUGAGCCGACUGACUGAGUGUACUUGGCCAGUCAGGCUGUAGGGACCGUCUGUUACACGUACCUAACCCUGGAGGGUCAGACAGCCCAGACGUCUCACAUCAUCAUUACUGCAUGUGUAUAGGACUGAAUGGUCAGUGUGACCUGAGGAGCGCAUGAGAUGGCUGAGGAUGGCGGCGGAGCGCCAUCUGGCGCCCUGCCCGACCUGGUAGCUCAGUGCUACUACCGCUAUGGCCUGUUGGUGGCCACACAUCCCAAGAAGGUCAUCUUCCUUGCCUUCACUUCCUUCCUCAUACUCUGCACCCCCUUGUGGCACCUGCCUCUCCCCGGCUACCUACCCCAGGAAUAUGCCACGUCACUCUUCAACUACAGUGUACCUCCCCCUGCCCCCGAGGGAGGCAUCCGGCUGGACCCCUCCCCGACCCCUGUCCCUCUGUGGUACCAGGGCCCACCCCUCGCCUACAUUCUGCAGAUUGUGGUGAAGAGCGGCGUGGUGCCAUGGCAGGAGGGACUGACCAUCAGCGACAGUUACCGAGGUCCUCUCUCCACUGUGUUCCACCUUGCCCAGACCAUCAGCAACUACCACCUUCAGCACAAUGAGAGUGUGACACUAGGCAGUGAGUGUCUCCUUAUUGAGGGUGUGGUGAAGAAGAUGCAGUCGGCAGGCCAAGUGCUGCCUCACUACAACUGCCUCAUGCUCUCCCCGGCUGACUUGUGGUCCCGGAAUCUUCAUACCUUUGUGCAGGACCCUCACAUCCUUCUGACUGUCAAAUCCCUCAUGGCCAGCUAUGAAGGACAGACCAACGUAGCGGACAUCCUCUUCGGUGUGCCUUCAAGGGAGAGCGGCUUCCGGCACAGCAGGAACCCAGAGCGCGUCAUCACCUACGCCGCCACACUGGCCCUCAAACAUUACAAUGAAGAGUUUGUGAGUGGCCUGGAGCAGGAGCUGACGUCCCGCUACCCCCUGCACCAGCCCGUCAAGCCAGGCCGGGAGGAGGUGACCCAUGUCUACUUCCCAUCCCGCCUCUCACUCUGGGAAUUCCUGCUCAUCAUCUUCUAUUGUGUCCUCUUUGUGUCCAUUUACUUCUCUAUUCUGAAGAUGGAUAUGUUCAAGAGCAAGUUAGGGAUGGCCAUCAGUGUCCAGGCCACCCUCAUUGCCUCCCUCUGCGUCUCGGUGGGUUGCUGCGCCUACUUUGGGCUGCGGCCACUGCACAGCAAGGGCAAGUUUGUGUACCCUGUGCUGGCUGGACUGAUUGGGUUUGAGAACAGCAUGGCCUUGAUGCGUGCUGUGUUACAGACUCCAUCCCACCUGGACACUAAGAUCAGGGUGGCACAGGGGCUGGCCCGGGAAGGGUGGACCAUCACCAAGUACUUCCUCACAAUGAUCACUAUCGUCACCAUCUCUUUCUUCCUCUUCAUUCCCCUGGUGCAGGAGUUCUGCAUCUACGGCUCAGUGGUGCUGCUGUGCGACCUCUCCACGCAGCUCAUCUUCCUGACGGCAGUGCUGUCCAUCGACCUGCACCGCUACCAGGAUUCAGAGGACCAGCGCAAGCCUCCCCUGGUGGGGAGUGCCAUGCCCUCCCACAACCUUCUGUUCCGCUAUCAACCUCCUGGCCCCACUUCAGGUCUCAGGAUCCUACCUGGCAGCUCCGGGUCAUGUGGGACAUCUGUGCCCAACCUGCACCGCCGGGCUGCCCCAGGAGGCUCCUCUGUGGACUGCAAUGGCCAGGACCGUGUGGCCCGGCCUCAGCCCAAGCCCCGGGGCCCAGAGACUAUGCCCAGACGACUGCGGGUUGCCUACUUCCUCGCCAAGAAGCGCAUGUUUCAGCGCAUGUUCAUGUGUGUGUUUGUCGGGUGGAUUGCCUUCAUGGUGUACAGCUCGGGCCUCAUCGAGCACUUCUCUGAGCCGGCUGAGGACCUGCGGCGCCCGAGGGACCUUCCCUCCGUCAUAUUCUCCCUCACCAACCGCAGUAGCCACCUCUACCAGCAGGUUGUUCCUCCAGAUCCCAGCCAGACCCAGCCGCCCUCCAGCCUGGCCUCCCAGCCCCCCUCGCUUCCACCGUCCACAGCUAAUGACACUGCACCAGGCCAGGACAAUGGCCUCAAGCUCCUGAAGCAUCGCACCCGCUCAUUGCUGCGCAGACUCCCUCACUCUCACUGGCCAACACUGUUCAGCUACUACAACAUGAGCAUCACUGGCCACUACUUGAGCCUCCUGCCGCCCAUUCUGUUGUCCCUCCCCAUUACUCCUGAGGAGGCGAGGGAGGUGCACAACCCCACCGACCCCAAUGUGGGACCAUGGACGCUGCAGCACGAAAGCUCAGAAGACGACGAGGUUUCCUGGCAAGAAGAGUCUGCCUUCAUACCCUCAUCCACUGGAGAGCUGUUAGUGACGGCUGUGUUGAUGAUCCCGGCGGUGCUGUGCCUGGUGUACGCCAUGGUGGCCUUUUACCACUGCGUGUGCUCCCGGAACUAUGCUGAGUGGCGGGCCUCCUGGUGGGGGCAGGAGGGCACCAGCGAUGAGUCUGCUCAGAUCAUUGGUGAUGCAUUGCCACUGGUGCUGGCCGGCCACCCCCAUGAUGUGGAGUGCAUGUGUACUGAUGGGCAGGUGUUGGUGUCGUCCUGCCUGGCGGGGGUCAUCCGGGUGUGGGACCCCAGCACGGGGGAGUGUCUGGCCAACAUCAACCGUCAGAGUCAAGCCAGGCCAGGGAAGCGCGAGGGCUCUCCGGAUGAUGGGGAGGAGGUUCACUCUGACUAUGAGUCUGGAUCCCCUCGCUCCCAGCACGGGGACUACAGCUACAUGCACCGGGCCAGCACAGACAACGACAGGAGUAUAUGCAGCUGUGGGCCCAUGGGGGAGGAGGAUGACAGUGACCCGGAAGGACCAGAUGUGCAGGAGUUGACUCGAAGUCAGUCCAGCGGCCUUUUCCACUCUUUCCCUGACCUCAGCCCAGCCAUUGACCUUCACUUCCACCAGAGCAGCCACUCCACAGGGUCCCCCAGCAGCAACCCCUUCAGCCACUUUGAGAGAUACUACCAGGAGCACCGGCAGCGGCGGGCCAGGAAGACCUCAGAGUGUAUAGAGCAGGCCGGACGCUGCCUGGCCGGACACUCCUCCACGGAGCACUUGCUGGCCAGCAGGGAGGGCCGGAACAUGAGCUCUGGCAGCAUCUCUGCACCUUCACUCCUUGGCCAGGUGUCUCUGGAGGGGGAGGAGCUGCCUCCCAUAUGGUGCCUGGAAUGCCAGAAUGCCCUGGUGCUGGUGGGCUGUGGCUCAGGCAGGGUGGAGGUCUGGGACAUGUACAGCUGUUUGCUCAAGUGUGUGUACGAGGACAAGACGCGUGCUGGCGGCGUCACCUCCAUGCGGAUGUCAGGUAACCGGGUGAUGGUGGCACGGCUGACAGGCGUGGUGGACAUGCUGCUGUUGGAGGCUGCAACCACUGUCACCACGCCAGCCUCCACCCCCACUACGGCCCCCACUGCCUCACCCCUUCACCACCAGCAUGCCGACGGGGCAGCUGCUUUCCCCAUCCAGCACAACUACCAGUACCCCCGACGGCCUGGUCACAGUCGGGGGGGCAGCGGCAGUGGCUGGACCUUCAACUAUGAUGAGGCGCUGCGUCUGGUGCGUUAUGCCGGCAUGCGUGCACAUCAGCAGCCCAUCACCGUCAUGACCUGUGACCACAUGCGCCUCAUUACUGGCGCACAUGACCACACCCUCAAGGUGUUCAGCAUGGCGGAUGGCAGUGCACUGUUCACCCUUCACGGUCACUGUGGGCCCAUCACCUCGGUCUUCAUGGACGGGGGCAGCCUGGAGGCCCUAGGGAGUGAGGGUGAGGUGGCUGUGGACCUGGGCGUCGGGGCCAUCAUCGGCAGCGGCUCCCAGGACGGCAUGCUGUGUGUGUGGGAUGUGGGGACCGGAGCGUGUGUCUACAGUGUCCAGGCACACCACGGGGCCAUCACCACCCUCACCUGCACCACCAGCUACAUCCUGUCCCUGGGCGAGGACGACAAGCUGUGUGUGUGGGAGCGCUUCCAAGGCCACCUGCUCAACACGCUCCAGAUGACCCAGAUGUACUGCACCAGCAUGGUCAUGCUCACCAACAAGCUUCUCAUCACCAGCAGACAAGGCUCGUUAACAGUGUGGGACAUCACCUCCGGCACACCAGUGCGUGUCGUGCGUCUCGGUGACCGUGAUGAGAGUGUCUUUAUCCGCCACCUGAUGCCCGUGGCAGACACUAUCGUGUGUGAUUACGGGAACCAGCUGCGUGUGGUGAGGUUGCCGGUGGCUGAGAAGUAUGACUGAAAAAGUCAGCCAAUGAGUCAUAUGAAGAACUGAGGACCCCAAGCUCUUGGUGAAAUGGCCAUGACAACUCCCAGCUGGGUGCAGAUAAGACGUCAUUUUUGUGUCUGUGUAGUAUUUAUUUAAUUGUGUAUUUAUAGGUGAGGUAUGUGUAGAAACCUUGCAAAAGCAGGGCCAUGCCUAGACUCUAGUGCGCUGCAUUCUUGGCAAACAGCAGAGAUUGUUGUGAGCUCAGCGUAGGACCACUGCCAGACUAACACACCCAAGCCUUCAAAACAUAUUAUUAUAGAAAAGAUAGUGCUGGAAUCCAAUAUUUAUGCUCCAUUGGAAUAUGCUUAUUUGAAUGUUUCAUUAAUUAAUAUUAUAGAACCGUAUUACUUUGAACAUAGUAAAGAAUGGGAAUGAAUGACAAAUUUGCACUGAAGAAUUUAGCACAGAGGUUGUCUGUGAAACUUGCUUUGUGGGAUUCAGUAUUCCCCACGGGGCAUGUUCGCCUAUUCACAUGCAUCACUUAAAUCAGGAAAGGAGUUGAGGUAUAAAAAUGAAUUAUUACCAAGAAAUAACUGAUAUUCAUUUUUUUAUAUUUGGCAGCAGGUCAUUUUUAUGCCUCCACUUAGUUUUCUGGGGUAUUGUUUUUUUCCUGAGGAGUAAUGAUUGGAAUGAAGCACAAGAAUUGGCCACUGCUGCUGGUGUGCCCUCGGCCCAUAGACUUUACUGGUGGGUCCUGCAGCACACUGGUGGCUUGCGUUUGAGAAAAUUUGUCCAUGAAGUGAAAUUUUCUUACUGAACUUGCCUCCACAGUUUUAUUGCAUUGAAUGAAUGAUUUUUACUAGCCAAAAUGUGUGGCAUAACAAACCUGAUCUAAUAUUUUAAAUAGUGUGGCUUAUAAGGUAGGCAGUUAUUAGAACAGUAAUUUUAAUACCACUAAAAAUACUCUACUUAGUCACUGAAAGAUUGCUUGCUCAAGGAGGGAAAAAGUGACUAGCAGGGAUUCCAAGACAGCAAGACGUAACUGAAAGCAGCAUGAAAGGGACAGACACCAAAGGAGGAUGUCAGGAGGUUUGUCUUUCCCUUUCAUAUGUGCAGGACAUAAAUUACCCUCUAUUCAUUCUUCCCUUUCUUCUAGCAAGUAUUCUUGAGUGUUUUUGUUAUAUCUUUUAUAAGGAUGAGUAGUGGAAAGGUACCUGAGAAUGACACCUACCCGGCCUAUGCAGGAACGAGGGUUUGUUGAUAGAAGAGCUACCAAAUUGAAGUUAAAAUUAAGUAAAUACAUAUGGGAAAGUACCCAUUGCAGAGCAGAAAAGUUAGCAAGUUACCAGCCAAUGAUCAAUUUCUCUAAAAUUUCAACGUUGAAUUUAUCAUUUUGCGCUCAUGUCUGUAUUUACCUAGUUGUAUUUACCUAGUUGUGUGUGUGUGUAUGUGUGUGUGUGUGUGUGUGUGUGUAUAUAUAUAUAUACUUGGGGAGUGAAUGCAGCUACAGAUGCAUGUAUGAGUUUGUAUAUAUGUGGAUGUGUGGAUGCACUUGAGAAAAAAAGAAGAUAGGAGAGAAAUUGAGAGUGGCAUUCUGUGCAGCAAGUUCAAAUGACAACUUGUUAGGUCACUCAGAAUUAUCACAAACUAAGGAUAAGUCACUAGCCAGAUGCAGCCAUUGUGUAUUGAUCUUGCAUUAGGAAAACAGUGCCAUCAGAAGUAGUUGUACUUCUAGACACUGAUGAAGAUGUGUUGAUUACUGCCCUACUUGGUUCUCAAAGCUGCAGAAAUGUAUCCAGGGAGUCAGAUUCACUAUCAGAAUGUUCUAAGAUAUAUAUUCUCGACAAGAAAAUGGUAAUUGAGAUUUCCAAUGUAUUUAAGUACCUCUACCACCACCAUCACCACUGCACUCAUCACCACCACUAUUACAUUCAUCACCACCAUCACCACUAUCUCCAUAUUCAUCAUCAUUACCACCACCAUUACUGCGCUCCCUAUCAUGGAAAUCAAGCACACCAUUCAGCAAAUGUUGGCUAAAAAAUGUCAAAGGUUCCCUAAAGGAGCAGCAGACAUUAUGGCAGAUCACAUGCAGUGGUGCUCCCACUCGGCAGGGAAACGAACUAGUCAGGUUUUCGUCUUUGUAAGGAAAAAAGGAGACACACAAGAUCUCUAAUAACUUGGACGUUAUGGUGGUGAGGCUAAAGGAGUGACUCGAGUUCAGAAACAAGCCUUCUAGAUUCACAAGGCUGCCAGUGCCACUGCAGCUAAAUCUCUGCCCUGCCUGCAAGGAUAAUGUUUAUAUGGGGAAGUAAGUGAUUGUUUUGCUGUGUAGUGAAAGAUUAAAGGCAGCAAUGAAGAUGAAUGCUUCAACGCUAAACUGGAAAGAUAUGAACAUAAAUAGAAUUAUUGAGAAAGACACAAAUUGUCUUUUGAUAAUGAAUUCAGUUUCACCUUUCUGUAGGUUAUACAUUAACACCUGUAUUGCUUGAACAGCUUGAUGAACCACAAGAAACUCCUUUUGAUAAACGCAUGAUUUUGGAUUCUUUUAGAAAGUAUUACCUUGUGUUUUAUAUUUUUGGCAAAGUAUGUAGUGAGAGUUUUACAUGUCAAAAGAUUAUUGCAAAUUAAGUAAAUGUUGUGGGAAAUUGUUUUAUAGGGAAUGUUAUCAUGUACACAUUAUGGCAUAUAGAGGAUGGUCACUUGUAGGAUAGGAAGGCAAAGUAUGCAAGGAGAAAGGGAAGGUGAAAGUACAAGAGUAUUAUCAAGUAGUAGGAGGCAAAAUAUGUAAUGAGUGUGGGAGGAGGAGAGUACAAGAGUAAAUAAUCAAGGAAUGGGAGGCAAAGUAUAUGAUGAGAGGGAGGCAGAUGAGAAUGCAAGAGUUGAUGAGUGUGAGAAUGUAAGGCAGUGUAUGAGAGAAAGGGAAUUGAAAAUGCAUGAGCUUAUGAGUAUAGAGUGGGAACCAAAGUAUGUAAAGACUAAUGAGAGGACAGUAGAUGAGAAGGCAAGAGUUUAAUGAGUGUGGAAUGUAAGGCAAAAUAGUUAACAAGAGAAGGGUGUGAGAGCACAAAAGUUUGAGUUUGGAGUGAAUAGCAAAGAGUGGUUGGAUUAAAGUGCAAGAAUAUGGCGUGAAAAACAAUGUGUCUAACGAAAGAGGAAGAAGAAUAGACUAACAAUAUAUAAGGAUGAAGUGUGUAUGUAAAGAAUCAGCUGGAGACUUUUCUUUAAGCCACUCUCAUCAGAUAAGUUUUGAAGACUGAACCAAAGGACAAAGAGAUGAGAUAAUGUAAGAUACAGCAGAGGAUAAGCAUGUGUAUUUAAGGGUUGCUCUGCAGAUUGUGUCCUCUAAGUGGGAUUGCUCUCUAGUCAGUCACAUUUACCAGUUGCUAGCCAGUGCUGGAGGUGUGUGUCAUGCAUGUAGUGACCUUGAUGCUGUGAGUGGACUGAUAAGAUGAAAGGCAGUGUGAGGGAGUUAAUCUUUUGUCCUUGUUGUAAUGUGUAUAUAUGACCUGUGUGGUAUUUCUUGGACCUCCUCCUCCUCCUCCUUAUCAUAUUAAUUUCCAGCACCAUUAUUAGCACCAUAGCCAUUGUCAGUAUACUAUUCCUGAUAUUCAGCAAAGAGGCGUCCUGGAUCUGUAAAGGAAGGCAUUGGUCAACAGAGGGAUAGAAUGCUGCUCUAAUGGGUUGCAUAGCCAAGUUCACAUGGGGUGUAUUCACCAAUUUGUAUGUUAUAUUUCAGUUAGGGAAAAAUUCUACUGUAAAAAAUUGUCCCCAGAUAUGGAAAUGAACUAUUCUCAAAAUACAGAAUGUUACCUAAUCUGUUUUGACUAUAGAUCAUUUUUAUGCUUCAACUCCAUUUUCCAGAGUGGCUUUUUGCUACUAUCAUUACUAAUUGAGAUAAUUCAUAAGGACUUCUUAGUGCACAUAACCGCUUUGCCAUCUCUCAGCCAGACAGGGGAGGGUGUCAUGUACUGGGGAAUCCAGGACGACAACAUUUAUCUCCAGGAAUUAAAAUUAAGUACAGUAUAUGAGAAGAUAACUAAACUGAAAGAUGUCUUCUAAGCUAAAAUGAAUUAACAAAGAUAGGUAAAAUAAUGUUAUAUAGGGAUCUGUAUUAUGUGAAAGAUUUUUAAUUCAUUGCCUCUGUCAUCAGUGGUCAUAGGCUGCAUGAUAUUAUUACGUUUAAAGUAUUCAUCUUUUUUACCAUUUUUCUGAAAGAUUACACGUUGACCAUCCUGCACUUCAGAUUAUUUCAGGACGUGAGAUAUAGCCAUUAUGUGUAUCCUUGUGAUGCCAAAGUGUGUGUGUGUGUAUGUGUGUGUGUAUAUAUGGAGGCAUUGCAUUAUUGGGAGGUGAAUGGGGAUUGCAUGAAGGUGUUUUUUUCCUUUACUUUGUAAAUAUUUCUGUUGAUGCUUUGCUUGGGUGUGUGUAUUGAAUGGUGAAUACUGCACUAGGGAAGGUUUUGAAGACCACAAAGUUUUGAAAAUUUUUACAAUGUUCUUCAUGGAGGUAGUUUAUGUGGUGAAGCAUUCAUUGUGUCUGGUGAGAAUUGGUGAUGUCAAUCAAGGUAGAAUUUUGAUGCACGGCAAGUUUCUUCCACCUGAAAACUUACCUUACUUAGCAUAUUGAUCAUGUGUAUUUUCCAAAAACUGUACUAAAAGAGUUGUAUUUAAUUUCGGUAAAAAAUUAACAUGGCCAUAUGUAAAUGAUAUGAUAUAUCCAUGAAUGGUCACCAGUUUUGCAGUAAAAAAUGGGACACUCGUAAACAUGAUAACUCAAUUUGCUGAGCCUGGAUAAAUGUUGGAAUGGUAAUGUUAUGAUGAAGUUAAUGAAUAACCACCACCCCAUAUUGAAAAAAGAUAUCUGUUAUGUUGGAAGUGCUUGUUGUUGCUGCAAACUUUGUUAGUCAUGUCAGCUUUACAAGUGGGGCCAGACAUUGGAGGCAGUAUUAGGGUGGAGGACGUCAACGAUGCGGAUGAGUUAACUUUAAGGAAACCUAUUUUGUCAUGGUGUGGUAGUGUCUUAGAUGACCACUUGUGUACUUGUGUGAAGAGGCUUGUAAGUUAAGGUAUGUACUGCUGUGUCAAAAGAAUGCUUAUUUCAGAGGAGUGACACAUUAGUAAGAGUAUAAAGUGUGUUUCAAUUUCCAGAUAAGGAAAUAUCUUGGUGAAUGAGUAGUCUUAAGGAGUCUUUCAAUAAGAAUGUAAUAUGAUCAUCGUCCUUAUUAUCUCAACACAUUGAUCAAACUUUUGUUUCAGAAGAACAGAUAUGGCUUCAGAAGCACAUCACACAACUAAAAGGUUGUCUAUAAUUUAGACCAAAAAGAGAUUAUUUUGAGUAAUAAGGGUAGGGGUAAGGGAGUAUUGGGUGUUCUGUGGUUUGUCCAGUCCUGUACACAGUGCUGCAUUUCAUGUACAUAGGAAGCCAAGAGUUGCCUUAACUUAACAUUUAUGUUGUCGCAGCUGAUGUUUUCAGCCUUUGUGUAGUGGAUAAGGAAGCCAGGACUGCUCCUUCCUUGUGCUGUGAGCCACAUACUGACCAAACUCUGUAGUAGAUGUACACUUAACCUCGACUUGUCUUAUAGAGACCUAUUUUUUGUAUUGGUAUUGCUUGAGGCUCCUGAGUGUAUGAAAUAUACUAUCUCUCUAGAGCAGGGUGGUUCUCAAACUGGGCUGUGCCACAUAUUUUUGGGGUAAGUAAUGAUACAGCAAGGAGUUUGACUUGUUGAUCUUGUUAUUUAGUCUCUUUAAGACUAUGGAUGACAAGUUGAUGCACCAUUCACUUCUAGUUUACACUUCUUGAAUUUAUAUUCUUGAAGCCUUUUUUAUUUUAUAUUCUGUGGCAAAAAGCUUUUGGUAUUUGAGCAACCACUAGAGUUUGAGAGCCACUGCUGUGAGUGUAUAAGGGAGAACUGUGGUCAACAACAAUGCAAGGUUAUUCAGACUGUUCACACUGAUGGCUGUGAAAGUUUCUGUACAAGUUGCCAAUAUUUUUUCUAAGUGACACAUAGUUCACUGUCAUGUGCUUCAUACUGUUCAAUGUGAAAUAUUUCCUCUAUUUUGAAGUACAGUUUUGUGAGAGGAAUUUAUCUCAUUCUGUAGCUUGUAAAUAGUCAGGAGAGUAAACUAGUAAAGUUUUUUGUACACAA